GCGAUGGUCGCAAGAUGGCGGCGCUGAAGGAGGCUCGGAGCUACGGGCUGUCGUGCGGGCGGGUGAGCGACGGCAGCAAGGUGUCUGUGUUCCACGUGAAGCUCACCGACAGUGCCCUGAAGGCCUUCGAGAGCUACCGCGCCAGCCAGGAUUCUCUUUCACUGAGACCAUCAAUCCGAUUUCAAGGAAGCCAAGGGCACAUCUCCAUCCCUCAGCCUGACUGCCCCGAGGAGGCGCGGACAUUCUCCUUCUACCUCUCCAACAUCGGCCGGGACAGCCCCCAGGGCAGCUUCGACUGCAUCCAGCAGUACGUCUCCAGCCAUGGGGACGUCCACCUGGACUGCCUGGGCAGCAUCCAGGACAAGGUCACAGUGUGCGCCACUGACGACUCCUAUCAGAAGGCCCGUGAGAGCAUGGCGCAGGCGGAGGAAGAGACUCGGAGCCGUGGGGCCAUCGUCAUCAAGCCUGGAGGCCGCUACCUGGGCAAAAAGGUUCACUUCCGGAAGCCAGCCCCAGGGGCGACAGAUGCAGUGCCUUCCCGGAAGCGUGCCACCCCCAUCAACCUGGCAAGUGCUAUCAGGAAGAGUGGUGUAAGUGGGGCCAGCGGGGUGUCCCAGAGGCCUUUCCGUGACCGAGUGCUGCACCUCCUGGCCCUGAGGCCCUACCGGAAGGCCGAGCUGCUGCUGAGGCUACAGAAGGACGGCCUGGCGCAGGCAGACAAGGACUCGCUGGAUGGCCUGCUCCAGCAGGUGGCCAAUGUGAAUGCCAAGGACGGCACAUGCACGCUGAGGGACUGCAUGUACAAGGACGUGCAGAAGGACUGGCCUGGCUACUCAGAGGGGGACCAGCAGCUGCUGAAACGAAUGCUUGUCCGCAAGCUGUGCCAGCCACAGAGCACCAGCCUGCCUGGAGACCCCGUGGCCGCCAGCCCCCCGGGCGAGCAUGGCAGCUCAGCCUCGCCCCCUCAGAAACGGCCACAGCCACCUGAUUUCAUUGACCCCCUGGCCAACAAGAAACCCAGGAUAUCGCACUUCGCCCAGAGAGCCCAGCCUGCCCUCAACGGGAAACUGAGUGUGCCCAAUGGCCGCGAGGCCCUCCUGCCCACCCCAGGGCCGCCGACUAGCACGGACACCCUCAGCUCCAGUGCCCAUCUGCCUCCGCGACUGGAGCCCCCGCGGGCCCAUGACCCCCUGACCGAUGUUAGCAAUGACCUGGGCCACAGUGGCCAGGACAGUAAGCGCGGGGAGGCCGCUGCCCCCAGCCCUGCCACUCACCUUGGUCUCCCCCUGCUGACGGACUGCACCCAGCCCGACAGGCCCCACGACAGCCCUGCCCGCAGCAAGCCCAAGAAGAAGUCCAAGAAGCACAAAGACAAGGAGAGGGCGGCCGAGGACAGGCACCGGACCCAGCCGCCAGAUCACGCUCCUGCCACCCACAGAGCUCCCCCCGAUGCCCCAGGUCUGAACGGGACCUGCAGCAGCGCCAGCGUGCCCUCGUCCACAUCAGAGACACCAGACUAUCUGCUAAAAUACGCGGCCAUCUCCUCCUCCGAGCAGCGCCAGAGCUACAAGAACGACUUCAACGCUGAGUACAGCGAGUACCGCGACCUGCACGCCCGCAUCGAGCAGAUCACGCGGCGCUUCACACAGCUGGAUGCCCAGCUGCGGCAGCUCUCGCAGGGCUCCGAGGAGUACGAGACCACUCGCGGGCAGAUUCUGCAGGAAUAUCGAAAAAUCAAAAAGACCAACACCAACUACAGCCAGGAGAAGCACCGCUGCGAGUACCUGCACAGCAAGCUGGCGCACAUCAAGAGGCUCAUCGCCGAGUACGACCAGCGGCAGCUGCAGGCCUGGCCCUAGCCGGCACCCUCCACCUCACGGGCCCUCUGGGUGCCAGGGGCUGGGGGGCGCGCGUGGGAGAGAGGAUUUAUUUAAAACAAUAAACACGGGAGAUGUACGCAUCUGAGCCAGCACCACGGCUGUCAGGGAGGCCUCGCCAUGCUCGCCCAGUGGGGUGGCCCAGGCCCGCCCUGCCUCCCAGCAGUCCCUGCAGGCCAGGCCCACGGAAGCCCACCUCGGGGUCCCACUUCCCCUCUCGCCACAACCGAAGACCGGAGGCCAGCCUGCCUGCCUUUUCUAGUUUUAUACAAUGUCAGCCACUUUUAGCUACUGCUAGAGACUCAAGUCUAUUUUUGUACAAAAGAGAAAGCAAAAUCUUUUUUUCUAAACCUGUGCCUCCCUCUCCUUGGACAUCCAGGGUCUAGAUGUUACCCUGUGUCCUUUCCCGCAGUAUUAAGACGCCACCGAAAGGCACAGCGCUGGGGACUUCCCAGGAGAAUCCGAGCUGGUGGGCCAGGGCCCCGGGGCUGGGCAAGGUCUCUGCUCCAAAGCCACCUUCGAGGCUUCGGUCAGGGGGACUCUCCCAGCGCCCCUGGAAAGCUGCUCAGAGCUGAGGAGGCCGCGCUCCGGGCCCCUGCCAGUCCUGCUGUUUCAGGGCCGCGGGUGUGUUGUGCUGCAAGCUGAAGUCCUCGGCAGCGGCAGCACGAUGUCCCAAGGUCCUCGGUUUCCCCCUCGCAGCUGCUCUCGGUUCCGAGCCGUCGAGGCCGUGCGGUUUCUGCUGACCGUGCCCUGGCCCUGGCUCCAUCCACCUGUGCGUCCUGGGGUUGUGCCAGCAGGGCCACCGCUGGGGCUUGCACUCAGGGAGGGGCUGGGGCCCCGUGGACAGAGCUGCGGGAACCCGAGGACACGCCCUAUCUGUCCUCUCUGGGGCACAAGCUCCACAGAUAACCCAAUUGCUGCUUUGUUGCUGUGCCUAGUCUCUUAGUGUCCCCCAAAGCAUUGGGGGACUAUGUGUGUGUGUGUGUGUGUGUGUGCGCGCGAGUGUAUGUGACCCCUACAAGGUGUGGGGGGCGAGGCGAGUGUUCACAUUCAGGGCCAAGCGAAGCCAUGACUCGGGAAUGUGGUGGGGGCGGCUGUGACCAGGGUCAGUCACGGUGGGGGGGCGCUGCCGUCCACAGCAGUGAGGCGGGAGGGCGGGCGGGUAAACACAGAUGCGUCUAUUUUUCUAAACCGUGGGGGUGUCUCCCAGUGGCUUCCAAAGAGCUGGCGCCUGUGUGGAGGCGCCUGCGUAUGUCCCACCCGCCCCAGUGUCUUUCCUUUGGGACCCCUGGGGUCCCCACAUCUCUGAGGAAACUGAUCCUUCAUGUUUCAAUAGCUGUUAUUUUGUUUGGCAUCUGGGGUGGGGAGGGCGGCCCAGGCGGGCUCUGCCCCCUCCCUCGGGGGUGGAAGGACUUGCUGAAGGAGGCCCGGCCGCCCUCCACCGCCCCGUCCCAGGCCCCGCAGAGUUCGCCUCUCCUGGGCGUCUGCAUCCUCCUCCUCGGAGGAAGCUGUUGUGCCUCGGGGUUGAUGGACGAAAGUUCUAGCUGAUUAAAGAUGGUCUAACUUAUUGACGUUUUUUCCUUUUAAUGUUGUACUGUGGAGAAAAACUAUUUUGAGCCAUGGAGUUGGUGUUUACAAGAACUUUUCACUUUUGCCAAAAUGUUACAAUUGAAAGGCGUCGCAUCUUCAGUCCCCUCGUAUUUUCUUAAGCACCUGGUGUCCUUUUUGUACACUCAACACGGGAAUGCUGAGUUUUUCAACCUACAAUAAAUUUCACUGAACUGAA